AUGUCUUUGGUACAUCUGGUUUUGUGCGCCGGUUUACUGAGCCUUGUAAUUGCCGCGUCUUCUUCCUCUCCGGGCUCGCGCUCGAUUCUCCGGGAUAUCAGCAGCGGUAACGCCGAUCAGAAAGACAAAGCUGUCGAAUUGAACAGUACCAACUUCGAUUCAGUUCUUCACGACACCCCCGCCAAGUAUGCCGUCGUCGAGUUCUUCGCUCACUGGUGCCCUGCCUGCAGAAACUACAAGCCUCAUUACGAGAAGGUCGCAAGGCUCUUCAAUGGACCAGACGCAAUACAUCCCGGAAUCGUUUUGAUGACGAGAGUUGAUUGUGCGAUGAAGACGAAUGCCAAGCUCUGUGACAAGUUCUCUGUUUCUCACUAUCCAAUGCUCUUUUGGGGCCCUCCUGCAAAGUUUGUCUCUGGCAGUUGGGAACCUAAAAAGGAGAAAAGCGAGAUACUUGUCGUCGACGAUGGCCGCACAGCUGAGCGUCUGCUCAACUGGAUCAACAAGCAGACAGAAAGUUCUUUUCACUUAGAUGAUCAGAAAUUCGAAAACGAACAUGUCCUAGCAAAUGUAACCAACUACAACCAGAUUUCUCAGGCUGUGUAUGACAUCGAGGAAGCAACCGCAGAAGCUUUUGAUAUCAUUUUAGUACAUAAGGCCAUAAAGUCAUCUGAAACAAGCGCUUCAUUUAUUAGAUUUAUCCAGCUUCUAGCAGCACAUCAUCUAUCCAGGAGGUGUCGGAAGGGAGCUGCAGAAAUUCUAGUGAACUAUGAUGAAUUAUGCCCUUCUGGAAAAUGCUCCUACGAAGAAUCGGGAGGGAAAGAUACCCUCGGAAAUUUCCCUAUUUGUGGAAAGGAUGUUCCUCGUGGUUAUUACAUGUUUUGCCGUGGCAGCAAGAACGAUACUCGCGGAUUCAGCUGCGGAUUAUGGGUUCUGAUGCAUUCACUUUCCGUAAGAAUUGAGGAUGGAGAAAGUCAAUUUGCAUUCACGGCGAUAUGCGAUUUCAUCAACAACUUCUUCAUGUGUGAUGAAUGCCGCAUGCAUUUCAACGACAUGUGCUUGAGCGUCAAAACUCCUUUCAAGAAGGCACGUGAUUUUGUCUUGUGGGUCUGGAGCUCGCACAACAAGGUCAACGAGAGGCUCAUGAAGGACGAAGCUUCUCUCAGUACAGGUGACCCCAAGUUCCCCAAGAUCCUAUGGCCACCAAAGGAGCUUUGCCCAUCAUGUUAUCUCUCGAGUGACCAGAAAAGCAUAGAGUGGGACUACGACCAAGUCUACAAGUUCUUGAAGAACUACUAUGGUCCCAAGCUCGUCUCCCUUUACAAGGAAAAGAGUGUCAUUGGAAGCAAGGAAGAGACCAUCUCAGCCACUGAAGACUUGACAGUUGCCACCAACGCUCUGGUUGUUCCGAUUGGAGCUGCAUUGGCAAUAGCCGUAGCCAGCUGUGCAUUUGGGGCACUUGCGUGUUACUGGAGGACGCAGCAGAAGAACCGCAAGCCGAGGAGAAGCUGGAACUGA